GUUGCACCUACCGGUAUCCGCUACCCGAGUAAAAACAUUUAAAAUGCUUUUUAAGACAAGCAUUUUCAUAUGUUUUCUCAUACUAUUUGGAUUGCAGCUUACGAACGCAGCUGGCGAUGAUGACGACGAUGAUGAUGAUGAUGAGGAGGAUAGUGAUGACGAUGAUGAUGAUGUGAGCACCUCACCAAGACCGCAACACGUAGGACCUGAUCCAGAGGCAGAGCAGAUGUUAAAGCACCUUGGGGAUGUCUCAUGGCCUUGGUUUGGCCAGCAGUGUAGCACAGAGUGCAGCAAACAGAGCUCGAUUUACUCCCCUUGUUUCAACUUACGACCGGAUAAAGUGGAGUCAGUGCUAGAGAGAGCUGGCAUCACCAAAGCACUAGUGUUCCGCACACAACUCUACGUUCAAUUUUCAAGCCCAAGAGAACCUGUCGACGUGUGCGGCAAGCAGGUACCAAUGCUAGCAGUGACCAGGUUUAAGUUAAAUAAAAGAGGUCACGCUAUACCAGCCAGGUUAAAGGAAGGAGCUGAAAUAUAUCGCAGAAAGCCUUCUUUAGACUGGGACAUACGGACCAAUUACAAGUACACGGUGUUAUUCUGGGACGUGGGGCUGCUAAAGGUCCGUGGAUAUUGGUCUGAGGUUACAAAAUCUCAUGGUGUGGUUCAUGGAAAGAGGAACAUCGCGUACACGCCUCCGGCUAACCCAACAAAGGCAGUGAACCCUAUCCUUAUCAUUGUGAUCCAAGAACUCGGCAGUUUCGAUCCAUCUACUAUUGUAAAGAAAUGUUGGAGAAGGGUGGCAUCGAAGGAAGGCGCUGACGAAUGUCGUAAGGCCGUGAUGGCACUGCUAGGCGAUGGUUCAAAUAUUGUCGGCAUGCAAGCCUAUUAUACUGAUGGCUCGUCACUUUAUGAACAGUACCGGGCGUGCAUUGAAGGCUACAUCUGCUCCACGGAAUGUGUUGGAAAAUUUAAGACUUAUGCUUCCACUGAACAGAAGAGAAUCAAAUUUAUCGAGCUGCAACCAGACAAACUGGACAUGUUCGUUAGCGUAAGAUUUUAUUCACUGUAUAAUGAGUUGAUAUCGGCAACCAAAUGUGGAGCUGAUAACAAAAUGAAUGCACCGAUCUACGAAUAUCGGCCUAUGCCGGGAGACAACAUGAAAGUUGACCAAAACUAUAAGAUUUCCAAUCUGCUGUUAAAAUUUUAUGUCAAUUUGGAACUAGAAUUCUCUGGAACUGUGAAUGAUCUCAUAGAUACUUCCACUUUUUAUGCCGUGCUUAUUGUGUCUCCCGAUGGGCACAUACACAAAGGAAAUUACAAAAAUCCCGUUGGCUGUUUAUUUUAUGCCAAUAUGCAAUUACCAUUUAAUGUCUCCGGCAUUGAUAAACAAACGCACAUGAUCCAAGACUACACCAGAGUCCAACAGCUGCACAAUAAAGAAGUGCAUUAUUACAUCUUGUUGUACUCCCACAAAAAUAAGAUCUCAACUAACCCCCUCUGUGAUAACGUUGAAAAAGAAGCGUGUGAUGAGUCCUGGGAUAUGAGCAAGCUGCCUAGCGAUUUUACCCUAAGAGGGAUAAACUGGUUCAUCGCUGAGAUGGAUGGUUUUUUAACGAGUGAAGAAAACUCGGCUGACUGUGAAUCGCAAGAAGUGCCCCUACCACGUGAUCCCCCCGAGACGUUCGAGUACAUCUUAUCAGCAGAUUCCGACGCGGACCCUAGCGAAGCCAUUGAGAUGUGUCCCCCGAAAGUAGAUCCUCAGGACACUAGUCUGUCUACAAGCGCGGCACGACAAACAAGCGCUACACAGCACAAAUGGUUGCUCUUGGCCUUUUGGGGUAUAAGGGUAUUGAAUACACAAAUGGGGUAAAGUUUUUUUUCUGUGCAGAGCAUAGUUACCUCACCAUAACUUUUAACUUGUGAUCUACAAGCUGGUGUGGUUUUAAAUUUUUUUUUAUCCUGAAUAAUUGGCGUAUGUGUAUUUUUAAUGACGUAUAAAAAAGGGGUUAUUUUUUUUAUAAACUAGGAUAACCCUAUACAUUUUAUCUUUAAUCAAAAUCAGUUUAAGUAUUUUUUUUUCUAAAAACAAACAUCUAUUACUGAUUUUCGUCAUUAUUGUAAGAAAAAUCUCUGUUGUGAACGUAUAGAUUUUUAAUAACUAGUUAUAAUAUCUCCCAAAAUAACACUGGGACUUAAAGUAACGUUAGAACAUGAUUUUUCACUGAUGAACCAGAUUUUACAACUUAUGUAUAUAUAUAUAUAUAUAUAUAUAUAUAUAUAUAUAUAUAUAUAUAUAUAUAUAUAUAUAUAUAUAUAUAUAUAUAUAUAUAUAUAUACGUAAUGGUCAAUUUGCUUUUUAAUGUGUGCAUGCGUACGCAAUGGGAAUGCUGUAAGCCUCUCUUUGAAUAACAAAACGUUUAAUGAGCCUACCGUUGGUCAACUUGUUGAAUGCAAAAAGAGAUAUGUUAUUUUACUGGUGUGUUGAGGUCAUCACAUGGUAUGUUGAGGUCAUCACAUGGUGUGUUGAGGUCAUCACAUGGUGUGUUGAGGUCAUCACAUGGUGUGUUGAGGUCAUCACAUGGUGUGUUGAGGUCAUCACAUGGUGUGUUGAGGUCAUCACAUGGUGUGUUGAGGUCAUCACAUGGUGUGUUGAGGUCAUAACAUGGUGUGUUGAGGUCAUCAUAUGGUGUGGUGAGGUCAUCACAUGGUGUGUUGAG